UCAGAUGAUCGGGUGUGUGGAGCUGUGGGGUCUUAGUGGGUGAUGGUUUUAAGUGGAGAUGCAGUUUCAACGGCACCAGCCUACUGUCAGCGUCUCUGUGUCAGACACUGUGUGAUUUUGGACUUUUUGACAGUCUGACUUGUGGCAGCUGGGCUCCAGGAAGAGGAGGAACACUUCCUGCAGGGAUCUCCUCUUGAGCAAAGUGACCAUAACUCCGAGGAUUCCCGCGCUGCCCCCUGCGCCGCUGCUGAGAGGCCUUUUAUUUUCCCCCACACCCGCUCACGCCCCCCACUUCUCCCCGCCAUGCCCACACUGCCUGAGGAAGAAGAGGACUCCCCCGAGGACAUGGACAGUUCCUCCAGCUCUCCCAGUACAUCUGCACCAGGCGAGAGUCGAGCUGUUGUCAUGACUGCCCCCACCAUCGUCUACCCACAGCAGGCCACUAUUGUUCAACAGGAUGGACGCCCUCUGGAGCAGACCAGGCCGCACAGUCCCAGAGCUCGCAUGGCCAGAAACUCCUCGGGAGGAGCAAUCACCACAGUUGACAGCACAGGUAAUGUGAUCGACCUGGUGAAAGAUCAGCUGCCGGAGCUGCAGCUGUCUGAGGAGGAUCGGCAGAAGAACCUGGAGCUGCUCCAACAGGCCAAAAAGGUCAGCGACCGGUUCCUGACACGCCGUGGUCGCCGCUCCCUCACUGAUUCACCCACAGGUCUGUCUCCAAUUCCAAGUCCGUCAUCCUCGCCGUGUUCAUCUAGAAGCAGCUCACUGACAGUAGCUCCUCAAACUGCUCCCACAGAGGCAGCCCAUGUCAGCUCACAGCCAACUGGGCAGCAUCUGGAGGUUCCUUCAGCGCGGGAAAAGCCUGACCUAACGACCCAGGAUCAGGAGGGUAACAGGCUGUUGGUGGACUGGAAGCCGUCUGAGAAGAGGAAAGUGUCCUCUGGGACUCUAACACCACGCUUUGCUGUUCAGAAGGAGAACUGUGAUCCAGCUGUACCUAAGAGUCCUCCAGCAGGCAGUAAAGCGGACGAGGGAUCUGGUCCAGGCCGAAACUCCAACCAGGCCCCGGCUACAGGGGUGGCCAAGCCCGUCCCCCGACCCCCUACUCAACAGGCCCCCUGUACAGCAGAGAUCAAGACGAUCGGGGCCUUUCCUCCACUUAUGAGGGCUGUUUCCUGGGAUGCUGUAGGCAGCCUUAAUUCUAGAAACGGAGCACCGAGUUUCCCUCCUACACCCGAGGAUACGUUCUCAGACAAACCCAGGGAUGCUAUCUUCAAGUCCUCAGGGUACAAGGACCUCCCCACCCAGCCGGGGGGUUUACAGACACUGUCUAAAUUCAGAGAGGAGCACAAGCUGAUGCGGAACCAAAGCAUUGUGGGAUCCAAGCUACCAGACUUGAGUGAAGCUGCCGAACAGGAAAAAGGUGCUCCAUCUUCUCCAAACUCAGCCAGUAGUGAAGCAAAGGAGAAAUCCGACGCCAUGCCAAACAUUUCAGAUGUGAUGCUGAGAAAACUCAAACUCCACCGAGGUCUACCAGGCUGUGCUCCUCCACUCACUGAAAAAGAAGUUGAGAACGCAUUCGUCCAGCUGUCACUGGCAUUUCGUAACGACAACUACACUCUGGAGAUGCGGCUCAAACAGGCGGAGAGGGAGAGGAACCUAACUGAGGAAGACACCGAGAAAGAACUAGAAGAGUUCAAAGGAGCACUGAAGAUGACUUCUCCACAGUGGCAGAACUUGGAGCAGCGUGAAGCGUACCAGCGCUUAAUAGAGACAAUAGCGGUGCUGCACCGACUGGCCACACGGCUCUCCAGCAGAUCAGAGAUUGUGGGAGCAGUUCGACAGGAGAAACGUAUGAACAAGGCCACUGAGGUCAUGAUGCAAUAUGUGGAGAAUCUGAAGAGGACGUACGAGAAGGACCACGCAGAACUGAUGGAGUUCAAGAAGCUCGCCAACCAGAACUCAAACCGCUGUUAUGGAGGCUCCGUGGACACUGAUGAUGGAGUUCCACGACCGUCAAGAUCCAUGUCCCUCACCCUCGGAAAGGCUCUGCCCAGACGUAGGGUGAGCGUUGCGGUGGUGCCCAAGUUUAACCUCCUGAACAUCCCGGGUCAGAGCCCAGCUACAGCCGGCCCUGGCCCCAAUGUGGGACCCACGGCUGGUGCUGCUCUUCCUGUCCUGUGUGAAGCGAAUGAUGUGAAAGCCAGCACUCCCACAGAGGCAGCUCAACCGGCAGCAGAAUGUGGAAAGAGUGUGUCGGAGCAGGAAAAUGAGCCAGCCAAGCCCCCUGUAAACGUAGAGGAGAUCAGAGCCGAGAUCAGAGCUGAGCUCAAGGCAAAGAUCGAAGAGGAGGCAUACAACAAAGGCUACCAAGAGGGACUGAAGCAAAGUAAAGUGCUCCAGGAGGAGAAGCAGGAAGAGGAGAACGCUGCAGAGAAGCUGCUGGAAUCGAAAAAUAAGGAUGAAGAGAGUGGAAAGAACAGAAACACAAGCAGGAGGAUGGAGGAGAUCCUGGUUCUUCUUGGUCGCUAUUCUCCCAAGAUCCCCUUGAAUCGGCGACUUCUCUGGAUGGCCCUGACUCUGUUUGUGGUGAUGUGUCUGGUUAUCAGUAUUUUCACAUUCUUCAGUGACUACUACAACAGACGUGAGGACACGUAAGCAGAGACGGACUGUGUGCGAGGCGAGAUGAAGAUCUUUGGACUGAGUGUAGCAGAACAACCAAAGAACCCCGGUGCAGAGUCACAGAGUCGCCCUCUGUCUCUGUCAGUUUACCAUAUCACCACACUCGGACUCACUUGAAUCCAUGACCCUGACUUUCGAGGGCCAAAGACGUUUUGGGAGGCUGUAUGGAUGAUGUUGCCUUUGUUGUGGUUAACAGCAUUAAGUUAUAAUUUUGUUUGUAUGGAAAAAUUAACAGAUUGUUUGCUACAGUGAGCAAAAAGAUAAUUUCUGUAUAGGGACCAAUUAUAUAGUGUGAUGACACAUAUACGUAUAUUUAAAUUAGAUGCAUACGUAACGACAUGUUCUGGUUUGGGUACUUUCUGAUGAUGAGUAUGGCAUUUUCCAUUAAAUGCCGCAGUAGAAAAAGUGUAUAUUUAUCUACACUCUGAUGUUAAAGUAUAAAUCUCAGGUCCAAUAGAUAAUAAAGACCUCGAGAGAUUUUGAACUAAUAUUUAAAGAUACAGAAAAUAAAAGGUUUUGAUGUUUUGUUUUAUUUCUGUAAUGUGUAUUUAAAUAUUUUAAAAUAUAAGCACAUUCCAAAGUAGUUCCUUAAGUGCAAUAUUUUGCAGUUGACGGUUCUUGUUUGUGCCAUUUUGGAUUGUGUCUUCAGAGCACUGAGAGAUUUUCUUCUUGUAUGAGAGCACUGAUUAGAUGGCAUGAAGCGUAUUUUUAUCUUCUUUGCACAUGUGUGCCUGCCGGUGUUGUUUGUUCUUUGUGGAUUUGAUGCUCUGCCACUUCACCUUUUGAAUAAAGGUGCCUGAAAAGA